AUGUCUUCAGCCUCUGUUACUGGACCGCAUCCAUGCACCGAAGAUGGGGAAAAGAGCCUGAAAUCUAUGAUUCCGCGGCUUCUAGUUGGCAGCAUGGAUGAAAAGAAUACGGUAAUACCAAAAGCUCUCCUCACUAACGCACACGAGGUUGCGUCUGCAUACGACCAUGAGGGGGAAUGGAACAUGGCGGAAAACGUAUGGAUGGCAGCGUUCAUGGUCUUGAAGGAAGAAUUAGGUGAAGCGCAUCCCUCUACUCUUACUUGCAUGUCCAAUCUCGCCGGGUGGCAUCAACAACUGGGAAAGUACGAUGCAGCAGAACAAUUGGGUUUGAAAGCUGUGAUGAUGAGGAUGGAUGUUUUAGGAGAUGAGCAUCCUCACACGCUUUUCUCCAUGUCUAACCUGGCCAUGUUAUACCAACGUCAAGGUCGUUAUGACAUGGCAAAAGAGCUCCAAGUGCCAGUGGUAGCUGCUAUGAAGAAGACAUUGGGCGAGGAGGAUCCCAAAGCACUCAUGAGCGAAGCAAAUCUAGCUAUAACAUGCCUACGUCUUGGUCAAUACCGUGAGGCUGAAGAGAUGGAAAAGAAAGUCUUAGAGGCAAGAAUGAGGAUACUAAGCAAAGACCAUACCGAGACGCUCACCUCCAUGGCGGAUUUGGCCUCCAUUUACAUGGAGCAAAAUAAGUACGAGGAGGCAAAGCCACUGCUUCUGCGAGUCAUGGACGCGAAAAAGCAAAGCCUAGGACCGAAACACCCCGAAACGCUCGCAUCCAUAAGCAACCUAGCAUCACUGUAUCUCCUGCAAGGCAGAUGGAAGCCCGCAGAGAAAUUAUGGAGGUCUAUAAUACCAAUGAUGAUAGAGAAGUUAGGCAAAGGCCAUCCACACACUCUCACAUGCAUGGCUUCGUUAGCUACGGCAUACAGCAAUCAAGGCCAGUACCAAGCAGCAGAAGAAUUGCUGAACGAAGUUGUUCAGACAUGGAAGACAUUAUUUAGCAUAGAGCAUACAGGAACUCUCUCCUCAACAGAGAAACUAGCCUUGGUGCUUAUGGAACAAAGUCAAUACCAGGAGAGUGAGAAGCUUCUAAAGCAAGUGAUAGAGACACGUGAGAGUCGCCUAGGAAUAGAGCAUCCCGACACGCUUCAGUCGAAAGCAAAUCUUGCUCUCAUAUAUGACAAACAAGGCCGAUAUGAGGAAGCUCAGCAAGCGGGCCUACUAUUAGUGGGAACAAUGAGCAGAGUGCUCGGAGAGGAUCAUCUCGACACAUUGUCCACUAUGGGCAAUCUGGCUUUAACCUACAACCAUCAAGGUCGUUGUGGGGAGGCAGAAGCUCUACAAGAGCUAGUAACACAAGGGACAACGAGAAUCCUUGGCGACGAGCAUGCUCAAACACUCACAUCCAUGGCGAAUCUAGCCUUGACGUAUUAUGAGCGGGCGAAGUACGAAGAAGCAAGAAACAUCGCAACAGAAGUCCUAGUCAAGGGAGCCAAAGUCUUUGACAACUCACAUCCCACGAGGCUUUCCUAG